UCUGUGCCUUACAUUGAUUGCUGCUUUGCUUUAGAGUGCAGGCAAGCAUGUCUCGCUUCCAAGUGGCGGGCGCCGGCUUAUACUGUAGAUCCUCUUAGAUCCUGCCUCGUUGAAACCUGUCAUCAAUCCGUCUUCUCGGUCACGGUUGUCACACCAUCAGACCCAACUUUAGAAGUUUUUUACAAGCUCGCUUGGCAUAUCUAUCACUGACGUUUCCCCGUUGCAAACCCUUUAUAUCUGCUGUCCUUUCCAAGACUUGUUGGCGCUAAGUUGGUCAUUACUCGCGAAGUGUUGCUCUAUCACGACUAGUAGUCUGAUCGACAACUCCGUCCUAAAUCAAUCCUAAAGGGGUUGACUAUAUCAACCACCUAAGCGAACCCCCCCUAAUCAUUUAAUUUAACAUACAAAAUUUACCAACUCAAGAAAAGAAAAUAAAUAUGAUGGAUAACUUCACCUUACGAACCGUCGUAAUGUCGGCCAUCCUGUCCGCCGCUCUAGGUCUGGCAUACCCAGCCGCCGAGACCCCGAGCCCGACCAUAGCAGCAAGACCCUGCACCACGGGCUCGCCCGUCGUCACGGCAGGAUACACCAUCAAGUAUGCUCCGGCGGUCCCAACCGGAAGAUUCGAUGACGGGUAUCAGCCGGAGCAAGCGUGGUCGAAGGACCACGUCGUUGGCACCUACACCUUUGGCGUGCCAGAGCCGGUGGAGUCCGGCUUCGCCUACGCGCAGUUCAAGUGCCAGUACUACUGCAACGGGGGCCCCGACGCCGGAAGCUUCUUCGUCAACUACGCGGGGGCCGGCCAGGGCUCGCUUUGCUCGUGCUUUGAUGAUUUGCUGGAGCCGGAGAGCUUUGUCUCCAAUAACCAGACUAUGGUUGGAGCGUGGAACCACAUCUGCUAAACUAGGUAUCUAUAUGUCACGAGGGUGGUUUUCUUAGGAUGGG